AUGUCCGCCCCACUGCAUCAUGCAUGCACUCGCACUCCGGUGACGGCGCUUGCCUUUGCAGGCCCAUACAUCCUCACAGCAGAAGGUCCAUUUCUGCGCGUCUUCCUCAAAAAUGGCUCCGACUGCCUCUACUCGGAGAAAAUCUUUAAAAACCAGACAAUCCAUGGUCUUGUAGUCAUCGAUGCUUCUCGCUCAGAUUAUUCAUCAGUAAUCGCGUACGGAGGCCACCUCGUCCGGUAUUUGCGUCUUUCGCAUGAUGAAGUUGCGCGUACAUUCUCCCUGAACCAGGGUCCAGUCGCUCGGGUUUCAGACUGGGUUUUGGAUCUCGCCCACCCUUUUCAAGAGCUUAACCGACCCCUAAGCUCUUCUUCCCAUGCAACCUUGGCUGUCACUGCCCACAACCAAAUCGUACGACUUUGCUGGACAAGCUCUUCGCCAAGUACUUUUACCGCCAAUCCGCCAACCCUGACCGUAUCCAACCUUACUGUCAGUUCCCGCUGCAUCCUCUACUCGGCCCAUCUCUCUUGGCUCUCCGCAGCCAAGGUUCUUGUCGCCUCCGGGACCGCCUUCGGUGAGAUUUUGGUCUGGUCCUGCGAUUUCACUGAUCUCGAGAAACCCCGGUCAUGCGUCCACCACUUCUUCACAGGCCACGAAGGCUCUGUGUUCGGCGUUCAGAUUUCGCCGCCGUUCUCCGUCUCGUGCAACCAGGCAGCUCGCCAUCAAUUGCUGGCCAGUUGCAGCGAUGACCGGACAGUGCGGAUUUGGGACAUCUCCCAAUUACCAGAUGGAGGGGACUUCUCCACAUCCGACGAUGCUCUUGGAUUAGUGCAGGACCGAGAGACUGGGUUUGGCGCCAACGUUAACUCAGAUCAAGACGACUGCCUUGCCAUAGCAUGGGGACACACUUCGCGGGUAUGGGCCAUUCGCUUUGUUGGAUUCUCCACGAGCGACAAAGUUCGUCGCUUCGUCUCCUUUGGCGAAGACGCAACAAGCCGCGUUUGGGACCUUGACUGCAAGGCCUCCGAACACGGCCAAAAUACGCGCCUGAAAGUAAGUACCAAGCUUCUGGACACACGGGCUUUUCACUCGGGGAAGAACAUCUGGGCCAUGGAUUUGGCCCUUUCCCCGCAAUUUUCAGGCUUCGAGACCUGCACUGGUGCGGCAGACAGUGCAAUCGUCAGCACCCACUGGCCCUUGAACCCGCUCGAGUCAGUCUCACCGCAACCGACAACCGAUGCGCACAGGUGCUGCUCCUUUGUCUCUGAUCGCCUGGUCAUAUCUGCCACGAAUAGUGGCAAAAUAAUCAGGGGCAGAGAUGACGACGACGGUUUCGUAUGGGAAGUCGUGGACCAGAUUGAAGACCUCAAGGGCUACUCGGUUUCAGUUGGCCUGCCGGAGUGCACCCUGGCGUUCCUGGCUGGCAGUAGCGGCAAAAUCUACGCAUACCAGGACAGCACUCGUCGAUUUUCUGUCAUUUCCCAAUUGAGUCGAAAAAUCUCUGGAGCUUUCGCUUCCCAUUUCCGCGACUCAGAUGGUGCAGAUUUUGUCAGCCUCAUUGUCACAACUGUCAGCGCCAAGGUCGCUGAGAGCUUUCUGUUUUCAUGGAACCCUGACACCUUGGAGCUGCAAUUGAGGAGGAAGGCGGCGCUAGAAUUGCCGCGUUCAUUCAUUGUCACAAGCGCUCUCUACACCCUGACCUCUGCUCAAACAAUCAUCUUCCUAGGCGCCAGGAACGGCUCGGUGGCACAAUUCUCUGACUUAACCCCUGAAGAGACGUCGGGAGUCGACACGGUCCAAUCCCGCGCCAUUUUCGAGCUUCAUGCACCAGAGACGGUAACCUCGCUAGCUUGGGUACCACGCGAUUCAUCAACGCUCAAUCCAAACCACCUUGGGUACCUAUUAUCCACGGGGCGCGACGGACAUUAUGCCGCUACAGAGAUCUACACGGACAAGCAUGCCGUCAUUGCUCACCAGAUUAGCUUACCUUUCGGACCUAACGUUGAGGGAUGCUAUGUCGACGGCGGUAGUCUCAUCGUGUACGGCUUCCGUGGUAAGCACUUCGUCGUGGUCAAUGCUUCCACGGAGCAGGAGGUCUUCUCCGUCGAGUGCGGAGGUGCUCACCGCAUCUGGAGUUUCUGUCCUUCCGCAGAAGGUGAAGGAGGGACCUUCGUGUGGAAUCAAGCUUCUACGCUGAAGUUGCAUUCUACUGGCACCCUGUCACACCGGAUCAUCAGAUCCGGUGGCCAUGGUCGAGAGAUCAAGGCUGCGGCUGCAUGCCCGAGCGACCCACGCAUAGUUGCAACCGGAGCAGAAGACACUACGAUCCGUAUCUUCAAAUAUGGGGCGCAUGGCGGCUCACAGCCCGACUUUAGAUGCGUAAGGGUGCUGCGGAAGCACGUUACGGGUAUACAGCACCUAGUUUGGUCUGAUGACGGAAAUUAUCUCUUCAGCAGCGGCGGAUAUGAAGAGUUCUUCGUGUGGAGGGUACGCCGACUCCCAAUAAUUGGUCUAGGCAUCGUGUGCGAGGCAGUCUGCCCACCGGAGAGUGAACUGCCCGACCUACGAAUAAUGAGCUUCUCCGCCCAACCCAUCUCAACGGCAGAAGACGAUGCCAGAUUCCACGUCACGCUCGUCUACUCUGACUCGACCAUCAGAACCUACUCCUACACCUCCACCCCCACCGCCAAGACCUUCGCCCUCAUCCACGUCGGGACGUACCUCACCUCCUGCCUCACGCAAGCCACACACCUCUCCCCGUCCCUCCUCUUGACCGCCGGCACCGACGGCCACAUCGCCUUCUGGCCCCUACCCACCGCAUCAUCACCUCCUCCUCCCAACGCCAACGACGCCGACCCUCUCCCCCUCGCCCCCACCGCCCGCACCCGCCUCCACCAAAGCACCAUCAAGGCCCUCGCCUGCGCCCGCCUCUCGCCCGCCACAUCGCUCCUCCUCACCGCCGGCGAUGACAACGCCGUGGCGUUCACCCUGCUGCCCACGACGGGGGAAACGAAUACGGCGGCGAGAACGGGCACGAGGACGGGCACGAAGACGACGCUCGUCAUCCCCCGUGCGCACGCCGCGACGGUGACGAGCGCGGUGCUGCUGCGUGCGGGGCCGGGGGCCGCGCAGGAAGGCGGCGGAGAACAGAGGCUGGUGGCGGUCACGGCGGGCAGCGAUCAGCGCGUCAAGGUGUGGGAGGUCGUCGUCGAGCGCGGCGCGUUGCUGGACGGGGAAGAGGGAGAGGAGGAGGGAUCGGGCCCGAGUAGAGGUGUGGAUGCGGUGCGGGUUAGGAGGCUGGCUGAUGAGGGGACGGCGGUGGCGGAUGUGUCAGAUGUGGUUGUCUUGACUGCUGCGGCUGAGGAGGGGGGAAGGCGGAUCGAUGGGAUGGGGGAAGAGGCGGCGGCGGCGCAGAGGCGGACGGUGGUGGUUGUUGGUGUGGGGAUGGAGGCGUGGGGGUUGGAUGUUUGA